AUGGCGUCUUUACGCAAUGGAAGAACUCUGAACGAGCUGGUUUUUUCUUUCAAAAACGCGUUUUAUAUUGCCUGGUAUUUGUUGCUGAUUGUGUUGUUAUUCAUCGCCGCUGAAAAGGCCGAAGAUGAAAUGGAGAUACACGUCGUGGAGGUACAGAAAAACGUCACUGAUGUUAUGAGAGAAAACGUAAAAAGAUCACGAAAACAGCGUGCAUAUUUACAAGAUACUGAAGCUUCCCUACAAAAUCCAGUGCAUGGAGAAAAACCUCGAAGGUCAAAGAACGGUAACCUUCACUCUCUGCUGUUAGAUGAAACAGUUAAAGACGGACAGGAAAAGGUGCGCAAAAGCAGGAGAAAGAAGUCUGAAAAGUCCGAUCACCGAAAAAGAAAAGACGAGGGUACGGUACUGGAUGAAAGCGCAGAGGCUAAAAGAAAAGAACACCGACGAAAAAAGAAGAAAGGCGUUUCACCGCGACCAAAAAUAUCGCCCGAGGCCACAAAUGAGAAAGACGAGUCGAGUCAUGAUGCAAGAUUCAUCUUAUCACGUGAUCUGCACCCAGUGUAA